CCCAAGCCGCAGAGGCUGUCGGGAGGGGGGCUGGGCGGAAAAGGAGCCUGCGGAGCCUUGGGAACCAGUCGCGCCGCAAGACAGAGACGAUUGGGCACCAGCGGUCGGACCCCCACCGCCUUCCUGCUCUAAAAUUUUGGGAAAAUGAAUUGGGUCGGGGGGUCCCGGACCAGGGUUCUGGUCAAGCAGGAAAGGAGAAAGCAGAAGGAAUAUUUUGAAAAGAAAAGGUUAAAAUCAAAAAUGAAAUUACUGGGAGUUUUAUCCCCUGUCAAAAAUUCUACUGUCAGUUUAGACCUCCUUAACCUGUAUAUGGUAAAUCAGAUAUCUUGCCAGAAGAAAAUGCCUGAAACUGUAAGAAAACCAACCCAUGUGAAUAUGAAUAGAGACAUAAAAAUGCCGCUAAGAAGGCAUGAUGUAGAACUUCCAAUGUCACCUCACUGUGUACCAUCUAAUCUCUGCAUUGAUGAUAUAGAAAACAAUGUAUGCCAUCAAAGACUAAGAAGCAAGGAAGAACUUAAAGAACAAUCAUCACAAGUCAAGUACUCAUAUGGAAUUUUUGAAUCACUGUUCAACAGAACAGAAAACUGCAGUUUCACUCCACCAUCUUUAUUAGCAGAAUUAUCUUCUAAUAGAAAUAUUAUAAAACAAAAUUUCAUUCCCAGAAUAGCACAGAAUCCUCAGAAAGUUGCAUAUGAAAAGAAGCAGAAUGAACAGCUAAAUAAUGUUAGUUAUUCUAAUUCCUUGGCUUCCAAAUUAAAUGAAAGUCAAGAUGCUCUAAGUCCAUCCUAUGAAAGAGCACAAUUUGGAACAUUAUUCGAAAGAUCUAACAGUCUAGGAAAUAAAACUUUUCUUACUAGGAGAGCUGCUGUAGUUAUGGAUGAAGAUUGUGGAAGUAUAGAUGAGAGAAGACAGUCAGACUUCAUUCCUGAAAAAAAAUCUUUACAACGUAUUUGGGGAGAAAAUAGAAAAGAAAUUUCAAAUGAAGAUGUAAAUCAGCAAAUCCCCAGCCUUCUAUCAGAGAAUUGUGACUCUUUUAUUAGUAAAAAUAUGAUCAAUUUAUUAAACAUAGAUCAACAAAAGAUAAAGAAAACCUUUGACAAGUGUGAUUAUGACACUAUGGAAGGUAUUUGUACAGUAAUUAGUUCCGAUAAAAACCAUUUCACUGAUAGAUGCAUUAGAAGUAUUUUUACAGAUCCAGAGUUGAAUUUUAGUAAUUCUACUUUUAAUAAAUCAAGUUAUCCAGAAAAUUGUCAGCCAAAUAAGAACUGUCAGAAUGAGUACAAUAAUGAAAGAAAUAAUUUUAGUACAUCUUUUGAGAAGGAUCAUUACCCAGCCAGCUCUGAUAAAAAAGGAAAAUUUGAAAGUGAUUACCAAGAUAAGACACCACAGAAGAAAAUACCUCAGAAGAAAUAUUCAGUGAACCAUACGAGAAACAUCCCUUUGGAAGAACUGCAUUCUAAGCAGUCAUGGGACUUUGGACUUGGUGAGAUCCUGAUGAAAGAAGGAGGAAUGUUUUCUUUAAAAGGCGGGGCAACAUCUGCUAAGAAAACCUAUCUUGAUUCUUCACAGAGUAGUCAAACUACCAGUUACUCUCCAAUGCCAACAGAUAGUUGUUUCAGUUCUAGUUCAGAGAUGGUAAGUUAAGCAUUUUCUUUUUUUGUGCUUAUUAAUAUAUACUGUACAGAGAGCAGUGUAAACCAAUUAUAAUAAAAAUAUAUGCUGUGCUAAUUUAGAAUUGUUAUUU